AAUAUGAGUUCUGAUAGACUUGGAAUCGAAGACAACAAAGAAUUUGAGAGCCAUUUUGAGGAGGAUGAAAUUGUAAUGUUCUCGUCCAAAUGAAGUAAGAUAAACUCCAUGGGGUUGAAACAGGAGCGCUCAUUGAUCCUCACCAGCACACAUAUUUACAAUUUCCGUAAGAGCAAAGUCCGCAGAAAGAUCAGCAUAACAGAUGUUGGUGCGAUAAUUCUCAGUGAGAAGAAAGAAAAAGAAUUCGUCUUACAUGUGCCUAAAGAGUAUGAUUACCGCUAUGUAUGUGAAUUCAGGGACGAAUUUGUCAACAUCCUGAAGCUGAGGUUUGCUAAUCUAGAUAGUGAGAACACCCUCAAGAUCUUCUCAGUCUCUGACAACCUGGGAAUGUACACCACCACUCUUAAAGACAAGAAAUAUGGGCUUUACAAACUGCCUGAAGAAAGCCAAAGGAAAAGAGAAGAAGAAAUAGCUGGGUCCAGACAAAUGGAAGAGGACGAAGAGCUUGAAAAGAAAAUCGAGGAAGCUCAGAAAGAACUCGAAAGUACCCAAAUUGCUGGUGAUGACGACGAAGUCUACACUGAAUCUGAAAAUGUAGAUAUUGACACGAGAAGAGAUUCGUAUAAAGAAGAACUAAAAGUUGACUUAGUCAAUGACGAUGAUGAAGAUUUUGAUGUAGAAGAGUUGAGAGAAAAGUCCUCCUCGCUGCUGUUCUCAAGCCUAAAAGAAGAAUCUACAGUGACAUUAGACGAUUUCGAAAUCAUUAGUAUUUUGGGUAAAGGGGCAUUCGGAAAAGUGUAUCUUACCAAAAUGAAAGAAACAGGCAAAUUAUACGCAAUCAAGACUAUCAGAAAAGAUGUUGUAAUCGAGACAGACCAAAUAGAAGCAGUCAACCUUGAAAGAGACAUUCUUUUCAACUGAAAUCAUCAAUUUUUGGUCGGAAUGGACUUUGUCUUUCAAUCUGACCUGAGACUCUAUUUCGUAAUGACUUUUGUAGAAGGAGGAGAACUUUAUAAACAUUUCUUGCAUAACAAGAGAUUCCCUGAGGAAGUUGUCAAGUUCUACGCUAUACAGAUAUGCCUCGCCAUCGGCCAUUUGCAUGACAGAGAUAUAGUUCAUCGAGAUCUUAAACUAGAAAAUAUUUUGAUUGAUAAGGAAGGAUACCUCAAAAUCAUAGAUUUUGGAUUAGCGAAGAUUUUGAAGGGUGAUGAAGUAGCAAAGUCUUUCCUCGGGACCCCAGAAUACCUUUCACCAGAGAUGAUUGCUCAAAAAGGACAUGAUAAAAUGGUUGAUUGGUGGGCCAUUGGGAUUCUAAUUUACGAAAUGCUGAUCGGAGUCACUCCAUUCUAUAAUAGAAAUAGAGCUGUAAUGAUGAGCAAGAUUCAAAAAUCGAAGAUUGUCUUCCCACAUAAGAAGAAAUACAACAUUGAGUACUCGGAUGAAGUCAAGGAUAUUAUUUGUCAAUUCUUAGCAAAGGAUCCUUCCAAUAGGCUAGGUGCCAAAGAUGGUAUUAGAGAAAUCCUUGAGCACCCAUGGUUCAGUUCAGUAGACAUUGACCACAUCAUGGAAUGCAACAUCAUCCCUCCAUUCAAGCCUGACAUUGAGAAGGGAGAAGAGGACAAGUACUUCGUUGAUGCUAAGGAGAAAUUCGAUAUUGCUGAUUCCUACAUCCCCAAGAAUAUGAGAGAUAAGAUCGAGGAGAACCAGGAUAGGUUCCUGAAUUUUGACAAAAAGGUCAAGUAAUUCCAACCGCUUGUAAAAAUGUUCA